AAAGGACCUGUGAGGAUGGUCAUGUGACAGGAGUGGGCGGAUCUCAGCAGAAUAGAAGACAUUGUGAUAGAAGGACCUGUGAGAAUGGUCAUGUGACAGGAGUUGGCGGAGCUCAGCAGUUUAGAGUAGAGUAAUGUCUGAGGAAAGAUUACAGGAGGUUUGUUACAUUGUGUCAGCUUUAUAGGUGAAACCAUCAUCUCCUUCUCCUGAAUGAUCCCCCAAGGAUGGACAAGGACAGGAAUGAGAUGACUAAGAGAAUAUUACACUUCACCUUGGAGAUCCUCCACCUGCUGACCGGAGAGGAUUACACCAUAGUGAAGAAGACAGGGGGGGAGUGUGUGGCCCCCAGCAGCCAUCUCCAUGAGUCAGGAGGAAGGAGCAGGACCUGGGGCCCCAUCACGGAGCCUCCACCUCACUCACUGAUACAUGAGGAGAAGAUCCUAGAACUCAUCCACAGGAUCACUGAGCUGCUGACUGGAGAGGUUCCUAUAAGGUGUCAGGAUGUGGCGGUCUAUUUCUCCAUGGAGGAGUGGGAGUAUGUAGAAGGACACAAGGAUCUGUACCAGGACAUAGUCAUGAUGGAGGAUCACCGGCCCCUCACAUCACAAGAUGGAGUCAUUGAUAGAAAUCCACUCGAGAGGUGUCCCCGUCCUCUGUAUUCCCAGGACUGUCCAGAGGGAAAUGUCCCAGAGAAGCAUCAGGGGGGAGAUCUGACUAAUAAUAAAGUGAAGGAUGAAGAAGAGAGGAUGAGGGGCCAUCACCCGUGUAUGAGGGAAGUGAAGGAGGAAAUUCCAGGAGGUGUUGUCCCAGAUAAUCCCAGUAAGAAUUCUGAGGGAAACUUCAUGUUCUCCCUGAAUGAUAAAGGAGAAGAUGAAGAUAUGAUGGAGCGCUCCUCAGGAGAAGACCUCCUUACCCCUAAUGUCCAUCCAGAUCUAUCCUGUAAUAAUCCACCUGAUCAUGAGGAACCUUCUCCUGACCAACCACACAUUGUUACCACAAGGACAGAUCAGAAAAGGGGGAAAAGGAUUCGAUGUGAUGAAUGUGGAAAAGAGUUUACAAAAAAAUCUGAUCUUGUUACACCUAGAAGAAUUCACACAGGAGAGAAUCAAGAUUCAUGUUCAGAAUGUGGGAAAUGUUUUACGUUUAAAUCAAAUCUUUUACACGAGAGAAGUCAGAAAGAGUUGAAUCCAUAUUCAUGUAUAGAAUGUGGGAAAUAUUUUACAUAUAAAUCACAUCUUGCUGAACAUGAGAGAAGUCACACAGGGGAGAAACCAUAUUCAUGUUCAGAAUGUGGAAAAUGCUUUACACGAAAAUCAAAUUUUAUUUUACAUGAGAAAAGUCACAAAGGGUUGAAUCCAUAUUCAUGUGCAGAAUGUGGGAAAUGUUUUACAGGGAAAUCUCAUCUUUUGGAACACGAGAGAAGUCACACAGGAGAGAAACCAUAUUCAUGUUCUGAAUGUGGAAAAUGUUUUUCACGUAAAUCAAAUCUUGUUUUACAUGAAAGAUGUCACACAGGAGAGAAGCCAUAUUCAUGUUCAGAAUGUGGGAAAUGUUUUACAAAUAAGUCAAAUCUUGUUGUACAUGAGAGAAUUCACACAGGACAGAUGCCAUAUUCAUGUCCAGAAUGUGGGAAAUGUUUUAAAACUAAAGCAGAGUGUGUUAAACAUGAGAGAAUUCACACAGGGGAGAAGCCAUAUUCAUGUUCAGACUGUGGGAAAUGUUUUACACAGAAAUCAAAACUUGUUAUACAUGAGAGAAUUCACACAGGACAGAUGCCAUAUUCAUGUUCAGAAUGUGGGAAAUCUUUCGGAGAAAAAUCACGUCUUGUGAAACAUAAGAGAAUUCACACAAGAGAGUUUGAAAACAUAAAAAUAUAAUACAUAGAAUGGAAAUAUGAGAACUCGGGAACCGUAAUAAAAUGUGAUGUUUAUAAGAUCUCUUUUGAUGAUUAAACACUGGAUGAUGGUGCCGUACAUAUACAGGAGCGGAGGUCGCUCCAUAGUCGGGGAGUGUCGGGACCUGUUAGCGGCUGGCACUCACCAUUAAUGACGGUCAUCAGUGAUCGUGCUGAUAUAGGUCAUUUAAGCCUUGAAAUGCUGUGAUCAAUACCGUUCAUGGCAUCUAAAUGGAAAAAUUGGUCCACCUGCAGAGUGAUCAUGGGGUGUCGG